AUGCCGAUAAAGAAGCCUCCACCUGAGAAGUCCCUUCCGAAUGUGCACCCCGAGUUCGACUUCGCUCUCAAGAGAGACACUGCGGACGUUGAUUAUAUCCCCCGGAUAGAAGGUGGCUACUUCCGCGCAGGCCUUCACCGUCCAACUCGCCCGUCGACCGGCCUCCCACCUUACCGAUACUCCCCGCUCCCGAGCAGCAGUGAGUACGUCCGUUGCCUCGUUCUGCAACCUGGCCAGGCGGACGAUGAUGUCGUCAUCAGCCUAGAGCCCAUCUGGUUUACCCGCGGCUGGACCAUCCAGGAGGCGUGGCUGACCCAGAACGCCGUCGUCCUCUGGGGCGAGAACGACCUCGAGGUGUCGUGGCUGGACCUCGUCCGCACGUAUCUCUGGGUCGAGGGCCGCGCCACCAACGCCGGCCUGGGCCUGCGUCACGACCUCACCAUGGCCGAGGUGCACCGCACCAUGUUUGCGCGGGCUCGUCCGGCCGAGGCGCGCGCACUCGGCGUGGACGACUGCGACUGCAGCUUCCUCGAGGUGCUCGAACAAGCCCGAGUGGUGGCCAUGACCGACCCGCGCGACCGCAUCUACGCCUUCCUGUCACUCGCGGCGGCUGGUGGAGAGGAUGGCGGCGAUGCCGACUUGAUCCGUACUAUCCAGCCAAACUACAGGGACUCCUUUCACCACGCUUACUUGGAGUUUGCUCGCAAUUACGUCCGCUCGUCCCGGGACGGACGCCUUUUGCACCAUGUGGUCCAUGAUGACGAGACACUCGGCGAUGCGCAGCUCCCAUCUUGGAUCCCGCGCUGGAAUAUUGGUUAUUACAAUUCACGUAUACCCAUCGGCCCUACAUGCAUGACCGUCGACCUUGUCGACCUCAGUCCAGUGGUCAGCCAGCCGGGAGACUCCCCCAGCAGUGAUACCGACAGCUCAAGCGCCCGGGAAUGGUGCCUGAAGACGCGCGGCGUGCUCAUGGACACCGUCACCUCGGUCCUCUCACUGCCGGCGCCCGAAGCCCUGGACAUCGUAGAACACAUCGUGCCCCUCCUUGCCAGCACGUGGUUCGAUCUGGAGGAGGCCGUGGAGGGAAGCCCGCCCCUGGCCUACGCGCCUCACAUGGUCACGACGGCCGUGCUGCGGUGCCUGACCAUGGGACGGCACGCGGGCGACCCCGAGACGUGGCCGGAUCACAUGCUCGAGUACUGCCAACAUGUCAAGACCUUGACCUUGGACUGGCUUCGCCGUCGGGACAAGCUUGCUGAGAGCGGAGACGAAGGAAAGGAGGAGGACAAAACAGUGGUCUCGGAAGAGGAGGAGGGCCGGCAGCAGGUCAGAGACUUCACACCGUCGCAGGGAGGAGAGCCAGAGAGCAAUCCUCAGGACUUCCUGGAACUCGUCGUAGCCGAGCUCUCCCGCCACGGAAUAAGUUUACCCGUAGGCAGCGGUGAAGAAGCAAAAGAGAACGAUCCUGGCCCAACAACCCCCGAAGCCGAAGAUGACCAGCGACAGGCAGAAGGUAGUCGGUCCGGCUCAAGCAGCGGCGUGGACAAGGUCCACGACAUCGUAAAGUCGUCCGCCCGCAACAGGGUCUUCGUGAGGACGGCGAGGGGCUACUACGGGCUGGCACCGGGCCCCACGACGGCCGGAGACGUCCUCGCCGUCCUGAGCGGAGGAUAUGUGCCCUUUGCGCUGCGCCCGGUGGGAGGAGGAAGACAAGAUGGCAACGCUGGCUGCUUCAAGAUUAUCGGGCAGACGUGGGUCGAGAGCGUGAUGCUUGGGCCGGUCUGCGAUGAGGGGCCGGGAUGGCAAGACUGGAGGGCCUGGGGUGCGGAGGAGGAGGAAAUCAUACUCUUGUAA